GCGGCGCCAGGCGGAGACGAAGCGAGGCGGGGCGGGGCGCGCCGGGCCGGUUGCUAAGACUUGGCGAAGCGCUGCGCUCGCUCCCGGAUCUCUCAGGCGGCUGCAGGCUUCAGCCUGCGCCAGUCGGUGAAACCGAGAUGUCAGAAAAGGAGAACAACUUCCCGCCGCUGCCCAAGUUCAUCCCCCUGAAGCCCUGCUUCUACCAGAACUUCUCUGACGAGAUCCCGGUGGAGCACCAGGUCCUGGUGAAGAGAAUCUACCGGCUGUGGAUGUUUUACUGCGCCACCCUCGGCGUCAACCUCAUCGCCUGCCUGGCCUGGUGGAUCGGCGGAGGCUCAGGGACCAACUUCGGCCUGGCCUUCGUGUGGCUGCUCCUGUUCACGCCUUGCGGCUACGUGUGCUGGUUCCGGCCGGCCUACAAGGCCUUCCGAGCCGACAGCUCCUUUAAUUUCAUGACAUUUUUCUUCAUCUUCGGAGCCCAGUUUGUCCUGACCGUCAUCCAGGCGAUUGGCUUCUCCGGCUGGGGCGUGUGCGGCUGGCUGUCGGCAAUUGGGUUCUUCCAGGAAAGCCCAGGCGCUGCUGUGGUCAUGCUGCUUCCGGCCAUCAUGUUCUCCGUGUCGGCUGCCCUGAUGGCCAUCGCGAUCAUGAAGGUGCACAGGAUCUACCGAGGGGCCGGUGGCAGCUUCCAGAAGGCACAGACGGAGUGGAGCGCGGGCACUUGGCGGAACCCGCCAUCAAGGGAGGCCCAGUACAACAACUUCUCAGGCAACAGCCUGCCCGAGUACCCCACUGUGCCAAGCUACCCAGGCGGUGGCCAGUGGCCUUAGAGCCAGCCCUGCCGCUACCGUCCACCACCUCCUCCCCUUCAUUCCUGCUGCUACCCCUGGUCCUGAGGGCUGGGAGUACCUGGGGCCCCAUCCCUCCAGCUGGGAUGGUGGAAGCCGGUGGUGGCCAUGGACCACACCCCUCUUGCCAGGGCCACAGAACCCGCGUUCAUCUCAUCCGAGAGCAGAGUUCCUUGCAAGCACUCCCCAGUGGCCCUCGGCCUCUGCCGUCCACAGGACACCCUCUUGCUCCCGGAAAUGUGUGGUCACCUGCCGUGCACUGCACGGCCGGUAUGGCCUUGUCUUCAGGUCUUGAGGCCUGACUCGGGGGGACAGGUGGCAGCAGGUCGGCCGCCCUCCGGUCCUCCCAGAGCUGCUGGCGCUGAGGCCGGAGCAGCUCUGAUGGGGAGCUCCAUCUCACACCAGCUGCCCACCAUCACCAGGGCAGAUGCCCUUGGCCGGAACUAAGAAGAGGCAUCGGGGCCAGCUCCUGGUCCUCUGCAGUGAUAGAGGGGUUGGUGCCUAGCCGAGUCCUCGCUGUCUCCUCCAUCCCCUGAUCUGUGCGGUUCCAGCUUCGCCCCCUCCCCACGUUCCCCAUACCUGGGGAGCUCCUGGUCCAGGGUGUCCUGGGGCCACCCUCCUGCCCCCCCGAACCAGGGAUCCCUGGCAGGCCCUCUGUCCAUGCCCCCGCAUUCAGGACCCAGGCCAGGCCGGGAGCACAGCCGCUCCCUAACCCCGGCAAACCGGCAGAGAGCCGGUUUCCAGCAGCUGGAGCCCUGCAGGAGCAGCCGUUUGUGUUGUGUGUGUAUGUGUGUGUGUGUGUGUGUUUUUUUUUUUUUGAGACAAUUUUGCUCUGUUGCCCAGGCUGGAGUACAGUCAUGUGAUCUGGGCUCACUACAACCUCUGCCUGCCGUGUUCAAGCAGUUUUCCUGCCUCAGCCUCCCGAGUAGCUAGGGUUACAGGUGUCUGCCACCGUACCCAGCUAAUUUUUUUAUUUUUAGUAAAGAUGGGGUUUCACCAUGUUGGCCAGGCUGAUCUUGUACUCCUGACCUCAGGUGAUCCAUCUGCCUUGGCCUCCCAAAGUGCUGGGAUAAUAGGUGUGAGCCACCGCACCCAGCCUGGAGUGGCCUUUUAUGAGGAUAGGGGACCCGUCAAAUCUGUGCCUUAUGGAGGGGUCCGGCAGCGGCUACAAUUGUCCCCUCCACCCCCCGACUCACCCCAGAACACCUCCCCCAGACAUUUUCACAGCACCGUUCACAACGGUUGGGCCAAAAAGGAAUUUUUUCUUCUUCAUUUCCUGCACUUUCUGACCACGACUUUGGACACCCCAGGCUGCCGCCCCUCACCACCCGUUCACCCCCAGAAUGCUGUUGCCGUGGGACGCCUGCUGCCUGGGGCCUUCCCUGGGAUGUGGGCCAGUCCUCUCGCUGGUGCGGAAUGCCGCUGGGUUCCCCGAGGCGGCCGUGGUGUCUCGGUGGACGGCAGCCAGGAUGGAGCACCCAUGGGUCCCACGCCCAUGCUUCAGGGUCUUCAGGUCCUGCCCCCCGGCCAACCUGCCAAGAGGUACCCCCUUCCUCGGCCCCUCAGCUGCACUGAUGCAGACAGUCUCCCUUGGCAGGCCCACCCCCACCCUCCCCACUGUCUGUGGCCCCCUUGCAGCAUUGCUGGGGUUUUGUUAUGUGAAAAUAUCCUGGAAAUAAAAACCUGUUUCUGCGCUUAGA